AAGUCCAGGAGACAUCCCUGUGGAGUGAGAGAAGGGACUGUGAGAACAGCCUGGCUGAGCGGAGGACAGUUUCAGCACAGUCAGGUUUGUGUGUGUAGAACUGUAGCAGGCAGAGGAAGGCGUGACCUGCAUGGAGAAUGCCAGACAACUCCAGUCACACAUACACACACACACACACACAAAUCUGGGUUGAACAAAGAUAAGGCAGACAGCGGAGCGUUUGGGACAAGACAGCCUAUACCAAAAACACCCUCAUUCCAAGCAGAUCAGAAAACACCAACAGCAGCAAAAUGAAGUACCUUCUGGCCUGGUCCCUUUGUGCCUUCCUAUUUGGUAGUGCAGCUGCCAUUGAGUUGACGGACAUGUUUGGGGAGAUCCAGUCCCCUAACUUCCCAGAUUCCUACCCCAGUGACUCGGACGUGACUUGGAAUAUUUCGGUGCCGGAUGGAUUUAGAAUCAAACUCUACUUCAUGCAUUUUGACCUGGAAUCGUCCUACCUCUGUGAAUAUGACUACGUGAAGGUUGAGGCUGAAGACCAAGUCUUGGCAACUUUCUGUGGCAGGGAGACUACAGACACGGAGCAGGCCCCUGGGCAACAGGUGGUCUUGUCUCCGGGUCCUUACAUGGGCCUCACGUUCAGAUCUGACUUCUCCAAUGAGGAGCGCUUCACUGGCUUUGAUGCCCAUUACACAGCAGUGGAUGUGGACGAGUGCCUGGAAAAGAGCGACGAGGAGCUGGCCUGCGAUCACAACUGCCACAAUUACAUCGGGGGGUACUACUGCUCCUGCCGAUUUGGCUACAUCCUGCACUCCGACAACAGGACCUGCAAAGUGGAGUGCAGCAGCAACCUCUUCACCCAGAGGAGCGGGGUGAUCACCAGCGCUGAUUUCCCCAGCCCCUAUCCCAAGAGCUCCGACUGCCUGUACCGCAUCGAGCUGGAGGAAGGUUUCCUCAUCAGCCUGCAGUUCGAAGACAGCUUCGACAUCGAGGACCACCCGGAGGUGUCCUGCCCCUACGAUUACAUCAAGAUUAAAGCCGGUCGGAAGGAGUUCGGCCCUUUCUGUGGGGAAAAAUCUCCAGGACGUCUAGAAACCCAAAGCAACAGCGUCCAGAUCCUGUUCCACAGCGACAGCUCAGGAGAGAACCGAGGGUGGAAGUUAUCCUACACGGCAAUCGGGAACCCGUGCCCACUGGUGCAGCCGCCAAUCAACGGGAAAAUCGAGCCCUCGCAGGCCACAUACACGUUUAAGGACCAGGUGGUCGUCAGCUGCAACACCGGCUACAACGUGCUAAAGGAUAACAUGGAGAGCGACUCCUUCCAGAUCGAGUGUCUGAAGGAUGGAACAUGGAGCAACAAGAUCCCCAUCUGCAAAAUUGCUGACUGCAAAGCACCGGUGGAGCUGGAACACGGGUCCAUCACCUUCGCCACGAGGAACAAUCUCACCACGUACCGCUCAGGGAUCCGGUACUCCUGCCAGCAACCCUACUAUCAGAUAGCCCCAAAUAUCACUGGCACGUACACCUGUGAUGCUAAAGGGGUGUGGAAGAGCGAGGAGCUGGGGACCAAGCUGCCGUCUUGUCGACCAGUGUGUGGCCAGCCAGUUCAUCCUCUGCCUGGGAUAAUCAAGCGCAUCAUUGGAGGGCGGAACGCGGAGCCCGGCUUCUUCCCUUGGCAGGCCCUGAUCGUGGUGGAGGACACGUCCAGGGUCCCCAACGACAAGUGGUUCGGCAGCGGGGCCCUCCUCUCUGACUCCUGGGUGCUGACGGCGGCUCACGUCCUCCGCUCCCAGCGCCGGGACAACACCAUCAUCCCAGUGUCCAAGGAGCAUGUCACCGUCUACCUGGGCCUACAUGACGUGAGGAACAAGAAGGAUGCCGUCAACCGGACGGUGGAGGAGAUCAUCCUGCAUGGGGGAUUCGACAUCCAGAACUACAACCACGACAUCGCCCUGGUCAAGCUGAAGGAGAAGGUGACCAUGGAUGCCUACGUAAUGCCAGUCUGCCUGCCCCAGUUUGAGCACGAGCUGGAAGGGCCUCACCCCAACACCUUGGGCCUGGUAGCCGGCUGGGGCAUCUCCAACCCCAACAUCACCGUGGACGAGAUCAUCAGCUCAGGGAUGAGGACGCUGUCCGACAUCCUGCAGUACGUCAAGCUGCCGGUGGUGCUGCAUGCUGAAUGCAAGACCAGCUACGAGUCCCGCUCAGGCAACUACAGCGUGACCGAGAACAUGUUCUGUGCCGGCUAUUAUGAAGGGGGGAAGGACACCUGCCUGGGAGACAGCGGAGGAGCCUUCGUCAUUCAGGACCCCGGGACCCAGAGGUGGGUGGCCCAAGGCCUGGUCUCAUGGGGUGGGCCAGAAGAGUGUGGAAGCAAGCAAGUGUAUGGGGUGUACACCAAAGUGUCUAACUACGUGGACUGGGUAGAGGAGAAGAUGGGAUCCUCACAGAGGUGGACAUUCCUGGAUCCUGAACUGAAGAGAUGAGCUCGCCCCAGCCAGCAGGCACGACUCUGGUCUUCUGCAACCGGUAGCAGCAACUCUAAGUCCCCUCCAGCCUUAUUUCACGGGGUUUGCUUGGCAUCACCUUCCUUCAUGUGCUGUCGUAGGAAACGUCCGCUCGGCAGUUCAUGGGAAAUGAGCUGAUGGGCCUCAGACAGGUUCCUUAGCGGGACAGGCAUCCACCUCACCCAGAAGAUACCACCACAACUACCUGGCCCAUGUGCCGGCGUCUCCGCAGAGGGGCCAAAGAAUGGAUGGGGCUGUGGAGACUGACCUGCACCCUCACUCUUGCUGGGGGAUGGUUCCUUCAGGUCAGGGUUGACGUAUCCUCACGGGGGAAGCCGUGCCUGCCACUGCCUGACCCGCAUCUCGCACUGUGCAGAGAGGCCAUCAGUACCCAGGGCUGUCAAGCCAGCACAUUCCACCAGCUCUACACCCACUUCUGAAAUUCCUCCGGGGCGGGGAGAGGCAGGAAAACCCAGCUGUACCGACACAGGGCCCACAAAGCCCUUCACCCUGACUCUAGAGAAAGAGCUCACCUCCUUGGUAGCAAUAACAGGGGAGGGGAGGGGGUUCUUGCUGAUCAAUUUAUCCUGCUUUAUCUUCAAACCAAACUCCUGCUGGGAGCUCCCUUCAGCACCAGGCAGUCGGUGGUGUCCUAACAUCAGCCCAGAAUAAAGGCCAUGGUUCCACCAGGGCUUCUGGCUCGAACUGGCUGGGUCAAGGCACCAGAAUCAGGCCCUUAACUGACAUGCAUUUGGGGGCAGGGGGGGUCACUGGCCCGAAUUCAGAGUGAAACAAGAUAUCCCAGCUCUGUCCUCUGAGGCCAGGUCCUGAUUAUCGUUUACACUGGUGUAGAUCCAGAGUCACUCCACUGACUUCAACAACCCACUGGUUAGCAAGAAAGCCCCGGUGCACGCUUUCCCGGCUGUUCCCGCCUCUGUCUUCUCAGCUGGCUUUUCAGUGUGGACACACAGGAGCAAAGGUGUGAAAUCCAUCCCGCUCCCUUCCAUUGGUGUCCUAGGCUGGAGUCUGGGAGGAGGUUUCCUCGCUCCCUUUCCUAGUAUAGCAUCAGUAGUUCAGUGAUGAUAAGGAUACGCCCGUUCCACCUGUGCCAUGAGACGCCUAUAAGCACAGUACACGGAGGUGCACUGAGAGGCCUCUGUACUGUACUACACCCAGGCUUUUCCUUCUUCCCCCUACAAAGCGCAGACUGCCAAGCAACGGCCUGAGCUUAUCCCAGAUGGGGAGAGUCCGGGUGCAUUUCAUGGCACUUACUAUGCAUGACCCUUCCCCUGCUCUAGAGUUAAAUGGGCCACAUUGUCCCCGCUGAGCACGUCAUGCUGGGAGUUACAGCACGUGCGAUGGAGCUUAACACCAUCAGUGCCUGGUGAGAGGACGAACCCCUCUUGCUAGCAAACCCAGCUUGUUCCGAGAGCGAGAUGGGCAGAGGAUAAAGCAGAAUAAAGCCAGGCAAAGGAGUGGGGCUUGCAUCCACACACACACACACACACACACACACACACACACACACACACACACACACACACACACACACACACACACACUGCAGCUUGGCAGGCGUUUGCAAUCCUUUCCUUGCACUUCAUUUCCAGCAGGGUAUGCCCCAUGUGAGUUCUCCUUUGCGUUGGAGGGUUCCCACAGCCAAAUUGAGUCAAACCUCCCGUGGUUGCACAUUGAAGCCACAUAAAACUCCUGAGUUUGAAUGGUGUCAGCACGACUCCAUAAACUGACCCAGAUUUGGGCAGAAGUCAGCCCCAGGCUCACUGGAGACUCAUUUCUGGGUGUGGUGCAUGUCACAGCUACCGGGCAAAUGGCACUGCUGACCCCUCCUGGUCUCUCUGAGCGCCUCCCCCAUCCUGAACCUCUGGCCUCGAGUCGUCAGCCGGCAUAGGGUGGAAUCACACGAUUCUCCCUCUCUCAGACCGGGUCUGGGCUACACUCCCAUUACGUUCAGCUCCUGCAAUGGGCCGGGACGGUGGUACCCAGUGACCGGAUCCCUCCUUAAAGCAAAGAAUCGUUUAUUUACCAUUUCAGCGAAAGCGGCUUUUACAGACCAAAACAACACACUCCGUGCACGUCUAGCUCGCCAGGUGUUUAAACCGUCACCCUCAUGAGGGUCGGUCUCCUCUGUGUGCUUGUGAACCCCCACGUACACUCCCAUAGCGAUGCCGGGUAGUAAAACGCGGAAAGGUAGUUGCUCUCCGAUGGAUACGUGCAUGUAGCUUCUGCUGGGCCAAACCUUACUAUUCUGGCUUGUUUUUACUCAGACCCGGGGAGCUUUGCCUGGGUACGGGGUGAGCAAACACCGAGCUAGACCCUCAGGCUUUGACCCACAAUCAUUUAAGCAGUCGUAUAGCAGCAAGAGGAGCGAGAUCCUCCAGAGACCAAAGGAACGUGUCUAUUGUACACGCAUGCUAUGGCCUGUAUUCCCGACUAUGCCGCGUAGCUAGAAGAUAUUAUAUUUUUUGUACUCUAUUCUGUCAGCUGUCGAACGCUGUGUAUGGACAGUCUGUAUCAUUCUGACCGGGAAGGAAAUAAAGCCCUGGUAUGUACAAAGCAUGUGUGCUGGCAAUCCACUGUUCUAACCGGGAGACUGCAGCCUGAGUGAAGUUCAUGGGACUGCCCCCUGCAUUCACCCUGCUGUGCUGUGCUGCUCCCCUUCCACAACCUCGGGGCUUCUUCUUUCUGUGCAUCCCCUCCCAAUGCCCUGGCACCACUAGCGUUAUCCUCUUCUUAAUCCAAUCACAAAAAUAAUGCAUCAAAGCACGGGGAAUAAUGGGAUGGGUGAGGCUCACCAACGCCCAACCCCUGCAGCCACGGGGAACUCGCCAUAUGUGGAUACACCUAUUUGAUUCCAGCAGACAAUCCCUGCUCCCAAAGGGAAGUGAAACAUCACUCCACGGUCCUGCCAAUGUGCCCUUGGGUGGGGAUUUCCUUCCUGACCCACGAUCAGUUUAGCCCUGUGUGCAUCAGUGGGAUUCAACCUACUAAUGACCAAGUGUCCUCUCCUUGCUGAAGACUGAAAAUCGGGGAACACGCUCCUCUGCACCGAGACUAUCUGUGAUGUGUCUUCGGGCAGAGAGGAAGGAGCAGAGGAACUCAUAUGAAACAACAAAUACCUCCAUGCAAACAUCCUUCUAAUAAAGGAGAGAGAGGGACGAUAAAGUACACCUCUACCCCGAUAUAACGUGAACCAAUAUAACACGAAUUCGGAUAUAACGCGGUAAAGCAGCGCUCCGGGGAGGGGUGGGGCUGCGCACUCUGGCGGAUCAAAGCAAGUUCGAUAUAACGCAGUUUCACCUAUAACGCAGUAAGAUUUUUUGGCUCCCGAGGACAGCGUUAUAAUUGGGAUAGAGGUGUAUCAAAACUGGGGCUAACUAGAAGGCUGCUUUCAAAGUUUCCAAGUGGUUUGACAGCUUUUCAUGCCGUGCCGACCCAUCCCCAGCUGCUGGCAUGCGCCGUGCCAAUCCACCACCCCCGUCCUAGCUCUUUGAGUGCUGGUCCAUCUUCCAGCAUGGCUAAUUCUUUGAGUGCAGUUCACCCCCGCACAGUGCCAGGCCUUUGAUUCCCAUCCCAUCAUCUCCAGUGAAUAGUGCCUUCCUUUAGAAAGCGUAACCUACAUAAUUCAGAGUCAUACCAUGGGAGACCAUGGACCAUGCACAUACUGGAUUUAUGAUCCAUCUAGCCCAGUAUCCUGUCUUCUGACAGUGGCCAAUGCCAGGUACCCCAGAGGGAAUGAACAGAACAGGGAAUCAUCAAGUGAUUCAUCCCCUGUCACCCAUUCUCAGCUUCUGGCAAACAGAGGCUAAGGACACCAUCCCUGCCCAUCCUGGCUAAUAGCCAUUGAUGGACCUAUCCUCCAUGAAUUUAUCUAGGGUCUGUGGGACCCGGGCUUGUGGACUCGGUGUUUCUAAGGCUGGGUUUACAAUCACUGAACCUGGGUCUCCCAGCCGUGCUAACGUGUCUAUACUGCACCAUGCAGACCUUCUGACUCAGGUCUGCAGCUCGACCUGCGUCCUCACUGCAGCAUGACCAGCCGUCGACCUGAGUGACAGGUCUAUGAUAGAGCUAUGAAGACCCUGGUUUACAGCGCCGUGGAAGACAAACUUUCCAUGAUGUACGAGCAUCAGUCCCAUUGACAUUCAGUGUUAUUGGUGCUUCUAAGUCACUUGGUCACCUCUGGAACUCUCCCCGCCUACUGCCGUCGGCCUCCUUGGCAACUUGCCUGCAUAAGAACUGAGCCAAGGGACUCGGGACUUGUCCCAAAGUGCAGCUACAUUUUUAAAGAAAAACAAUAUCUCCGGAAUACAGGCUGCAAAGUGAGUUGCUCCAUGAGCCUUUUCUCUCUGGAGGCCUGGGGUCCCCAUUGGUUGGGUCUCAGGGAUGCUAGGGGGCCAUAUUUUGCUCCAUGAUAAUCUAGUAUCUCCCAGGUAACUCCAUCACACUUAUGCCGGAUAUAUUUAGAGAAAUGACAUCAGAUGCGGGGGAGGUGAACUGAGGGGAAAGGGGUCUUGGGAACUGUUUAGAAUUCAACAGGAGAUGAUUUCUUGUUGUUGUCUUGUAGUAACAUCUGACUAGGCCGAAUCCUGAAGUCCUGAUGCACUCUUCACUCCAGUUUUACUCAAAUUCCCAAUAAAACAGAGUAAACAACUGA